UCUUCCAUACAUGGUUUGAACGAGCCAGUAUGCUAGUGAUUCUGCUGAACUGUGUGACUUUGGGCAUGUUCCACCCGUGUGAGGACAGUGACUGUGACUCAGAACGCUGCAAGAUCCUUGAGGAUUUCGACGACUUCAUUUUUGCAUUUUUUGCCGUGGAGAUGGUGAUUAAGAUGGUAGCGCUGGGAAUCUUUGGCAAAAAGUGUUACCUUGGGGAUACCUGGAAUCGGCUUGACUUCUUCAUUGUGCUGGCUGGGAUGCUGGAAUAUUCGCUCAACCUGCAGAAUGUCAGUUUCUCUGCUGUUCGUACUGUCAGAGUGCUCAGGCCUCUACGAGCAAUCAACCGAGUACCCAGUAUGAGAAUCUUGGUGACUCUUCUGCUGGACACUCUUCCUAUGCUAGGCAAUGUGCUGCUGCUCUGCUUCUUUGUCUUCUUCAUCUUUGGGAUUGUUGGGGUCCAGCUGUGGGCCGGGCUGCUCCGUAACCGCUGCUUCCUACCUGUGAACUUCUCUGUUCCUCAAAGCAUAGACCUGCCCAAUUACUACGCCAUUGACGAUGAGAGCCCGUUCAUCUGCUCUCUGAUGGGGUAUAAUGGCAUGCGCCACUGCAACUCCAUUCCUAGGCUGCAUGAGGAGGGUCUACAGUGUCAGCUGGACAUGGGAGCCUACAAUAGCACAGAUAACACCACAUGUGUUGAUUGGAACCAGUACUAUACCAACUGCUCUGCUGGAGAUGUCAAUCCUUUUAAGGGUGCCAUCAACUUUGAUAACAUAGGCUAUGCCUGGAUUGCCAUUUUUCAGGUCAUCACCCUGGAGGGUUGGGUGGACAUCAUGUACUUUGUAAUGGAUGCACACUCCUUCUACAAUUUUAUCUACUUCAUUUUCCUCAUUAUAGUGGGCUCAUUCUUCAUGAUCAACCUGUGCCUAGUUGUCAUAGCCACCCAGUUCUCGGAAACUAAACAGCGCGAAAGUCAGCUGAUGAAAGAGCAGAGAGUGCGAUUUAUGUCCAAUGCCAGCACACUAGCCAGCUUUUCAGAGCCAGGUAGUUGCUACGAUGAGCUCCUAAAAUACCUGGUUUACAUUGUUCGAAAAGCCACCAGGCAGUUAGGCCACCUUACUAGGGUAGCUGCUCGUCGGGCAGGCAUCAAGAUAUGCGCCUCACCUGCCCUUGAACCUCCAAAUGCAAAGAGACGACGGCACAGGAAGCGGCAGGGCUCCAUUCAUCACCUUGUGCACCAUCACCAUCACCACCACCAUCACUACCAUCUUGGUAAUGGGAAUAUCCGGAGUGACAGUGGCCAAGAGAUAGAGGUGGCCUCUCUAAACAGCAACAGGAAUGGUGCAGGAACAGGACGUCUUACUCUCCCUACCAUUAUGCCUCUGCAGGACCCGUCCCCUACUUGCUCUACAGCUCUGGGCUCCAGCAGUGCCGAAUCAAUCCACAGCACCUACCACACAACCUGCCACUUGGAGCCACAUUGUGCCCCCACAUUAGGCCAUCCAAUGCUGCAGGCCUACAAGAGGAACUCUGUGCCAUUUGCUGCACCAGUGCAGAAGAACUAUCCAACUCUGCAGCCUUGUGUAGCCCUGGAACAGCUCAGGCAGAGGGCGCUGGAUCCAGGAGGAGCCUGUUGCACUACCAACAUCCUCAGCAACCUCAACAUACCUCCAAACCCUAUCAAUACAUCCCAGUGCCUACUGGACACACAAGGGCCUUCAGGGAAUUCCUUACGCAAGCUUUCCAAUACCAACUACAGUGGUACAAAUUUGGAUGCUAUGCUGACGUUUGACCCCGAGACAUGCCCCUACUGUAUUAAAUCACUGGGAAAUGAUUCAGAAGGAACUGAGGCGAAUGAGACCGCAGACUCAGACAGCGAGGGAGUGUAUGAAUUCACACAAGAUGCACACUAUCGGGAUGGCAGAGACCCCAAUAAGAAAAAGAAAUUUACAUUAGGGGCUCGGGCAGCAAAAGUAGUGCACUUCUGGAGACUUGUGUGUGAAACAUUCCGCAAGAUUGUUGACAGCAAGUAUUUUGGACGAGGCAUCAUGAUCGCCAUCCUCAUCAAUACCCUCAGUAUGGGAAUCGAGUACCAUGAGCAGCCUGAUGAGUUAACCAACGCGCUGGAGAUCAGUAAUAUUGUGUUUACCAGUCUGUUUUCGCUGGAGAUGCUCUUGAAGCUGCUGGUGUAUGGCCCUUUCGGCUACAUCAAGAACCCUUACAACAUCUUUGAUGGCAUUAUUGUCGUAAUAAGUGUGUGGGAGAUCGUGGGCCAGCAGGGAGGGGGCUUGUCAGUGCUGCGGACCUUCAGGUUGAUGCGGGUGCUGAAGCUGGUGCGCUUCAUGCCAGCGCUACAGAGACAGCUUGUGGUUCUGAUGAAGACUAUGGACAACGUGGCAACUUUCUGCAUGCUGCUGAUGCUCUUUAUCUUCAUAUUCAGUAUUUUGGGAAUGCACCUGUUCGGGUGUAAGUUUGGCUCAGAGAGAGACGGUGACACGAUGCCUGACCGCAAGAAUUUCGACUCUUUGCUCUGGGCCAUUGUCACAGUGUUUCAGAUCCUCACCCAGGAGGACUGGAAUAAGGUUCUCUAUAAUGGCAUGGCCUCCACCUCACCUGUGGCGGCUCUCUACUUCAUUGCUUUGAUGACCUUUGGGAAUUACGUGCUGUUCAACUUGCUGGUGGCUAUCCUAGUGGAGGGCUUCCAGACUGAGGAACUGUCCAAGAAGGAAGACUUACAUGGUCAGCUGAGCUGUAUUCAGCUGCCAGUAGACUCAGGGGGCGAUGGCUCCAAGUCGGGCUCAGAAGCAGAUUUCUAUACACGAAGCAUUGAUGAUGUCUGCAGAAGCAAAAAGGAUGUGUCCGCUUCAUCUGUAGUGCCCAUCAAUGGCCAUGUGGAUCUGAAAGCCAGCCUUACACCUCCUCUAAUCACUCACACAGCUGCUACUCCCAUGCCUGUGCCCAAGAUCUCAGGAGGAGAGGACCUCACUUUGGGCUACGAAUCACGCAGGGGCAGCAAUGUUUCUGUUGAGCCUGGCUGCCAUGACAAAACUCCGUCGAGCGUGCGAAGUUCCCCUCAUGCUCCUUGGAGUUCCAGCGGAAGCUGGAACAGUCGACGGUCCAGCUGGAACAGUCUGGGCCGAGCCCCAAGCUUGAAGAGGCAGAAGCGGCAGUCGGGCGAGCGACGCUCCUUGCUCUCCGGUGAAGGCCACUCCAGCUCUGAUGACGAUGGUGCUGGUGUAGGCAGUGGUGGAGGACGGAUGUUGGAAGGUGAUAAUGUUUCCCUCAGCAGGACAGAUUCUUUUGGCCAAAGGCCACGGCACAGGCGCAUGGAAUCUCUGGAGACACGUAGCUCCUUUGACCUGCCUCCAGACACACUGCAGGUGCCAUACCUGCACAGAUCCGCUAGCAUACACAGCACACGACCACCAAAUCUGAUCAGCAAUGGCAAGAGCUCGCCCACAGGGGCCACCACACAGCUCUCAUUAGAUGAUCAUCACAGUGAGGAUGACAAUGCUGAUGAGGAGGGAAACCUGAGUCGACGAGCACGUCUGUACCGCUGGCUGGAGCAUAAGCAGCCAGAAUGGUGCAGGCAGAGGAACACCUGGUCUCUCUACCUGUUUCCUCCUGAGUCCAGGAUUCGUGUGAGCUGCAAUAAAUUCAUCACGCACAAGAUGUUUGACCAUGUGGUGCUUGUUAUUAUCUUCCUCAACUGUAUCACCAUUGCCAUGGAGAGGCCCAAGAUUGAAGCAAGGAGUCCUGAGCGUAUAUUCCUGACGGUGUCCAACUACAUCUUCACAGCCAUCUUCGUGACUGAAAUGACAAUAAAGGUGGUGGCCCUGGGCUGGUGUUUUGGGGAGAAGACAUACCUGAAGAGCAGCUGGAAUGUUUUAGACGGGAUGCUGGUGCUCAUCUCAGUCAUUGACAUCUUGGUGUCUAUGAUAUCAAACAGUGGCACUAAGAUCUUGGGCAUGCUGCGUGUGCUGAGGCUGCUCCGAACUCUCCGCCCCCUCCGGGUGAUCAGCAGAGCUCCAGGGCUCAAGUUGGUGGUUGAAACUCUGAUGUCGUCCCUUAAACCAAUCGGAAACAUUGUGGUCAUCUGCUGUGCCUUCUUCAUUAUUUUCGGCAUCUUGGGGGUUCAGCUCUUCAAGGGAAAGUUCUACGUGUGCCAGGGGGAGGAUAUAAGGAAUAUAACAAAUAAGUCAGACUGCCUUCUUUUUAAAUACAAGUGGGUUAGGCACAAGUACAAUUUUGACAACCUGGGACAGGCUCUGAUGUCUCUGUUUGUACUGGCCUCUAAGGAUGGCUGGGUCGACAUUAUGUAUGAUGGACUAGAUGCUGUAGGCGUUGAUCAGCAGCCUAUAAUGAACCACAACCCCUGGAUGCUGCUGUAUUUCAUCUCUUUCCUGUUGAUCGUGGCUUUUUUUGUGCUCAAUAUGUUUGUGGGUGUGGUGGUGGAAAACUUCCACAAGUGUCGGCGGCACCAGGAAGCCGAAGAGGCCAAGCGGCGCGAGGAGAAACGGCUGAAAAGAAUGGAGAAAAAGAGAAGGAAUAUAAUGCUGACGGGUGUCAGUUGGUCCAGUCCUGAGAGCGGAUUGACAGAGGCUCAGUGUAAGCCUUACUACUCAGACUACUCUCCCACUCGUCGUCUCAUCCACAAGAUGUGCACUAGCCACUACCUGGAUCUUUUCAUCACCAUCGUCAUAGGCCUCAACGUCAUCACUAUGUCCAUGGAGCACUACCAACAGCCCAAGGUGCUCGAUGAAGCGCUGAAAAUCUGCAACUACAUUUUCACCAUUAUCUUUGUGCUGGAGUCUGUCUUCAAACUUGUGGCAUUUGGAUUCAGGCGUUUCUUCAAAGACAGGUGGAACCAGUUGGAUCUAGCUAUCGUGCUGCUGUCAAUUAUGGGAAUAACUCUGGAGGAGAUCGAGGUCAACGCCUCACUCCCUAUUAACCCGACCAUCAUACGAAUCAUGAGGGUGCUACGCAUUGCCCGUGUGUUAAAGCUCUUGAAGAUGGCUGUGGGAAUGCGAGCUCUGUUGGACACAGUGAUCCAGGCCCUGCCUCAGGUGGGGAAUCUGGGGCUUCUCUUCAUGCUUCUCUUCUUUAUCUUCGCAGCACUGGGAGUAGAGCUGUUUGGUGAUUUGAUAUGUGAUGAUUUACACCCCUGUGAGGGCCUUGGACGCUACGCCACAUUCAAGAACUUUGGCAUGGCCUUUCUCCUGCUGUUCCGCGUGUCCACUGGGGACAACUGGAACGGCAUUAUGAAGGACACACUGCGAGACUGCGCUCAGGAUACUGGAACGUGCUACAACACAGUGGUGUCUCCUAUCUACUUUGUGUCCUUCGUGCUGACGGCUCAGUUUGUGUUGGUCAACGUUGUAAUCGCAGUCCUCAUGAAGCACCUGGAAGAGAGCAACAAAGAGGCGAAGGAGGAGGCUGAACUUGAGGCGGAAAUGGAGCUAGAGGCAGUAGGGGGAGAUGGGGGGAUGACUGGGGGACACAUUUCCCCUCUGGCCCUGCGAGACAUAGGCGGGCCUGCAGGGUCUCGCUGGAUCUCCAGAGACUCACAGGACAGAGGUUAUCCCCCAAGCAGCCCAUCAGCGGCCAUACGCAGAGACUCAUCAGCACACAAGUCAGACCAACCUCAAGGUCUGGAGCCUCUGUUACAGCGGAGGCCCAUGUUUGACUCGGUAUCCCUGGUGAUCCAGGGCUCAAUGGAAGGAGAGCUCAGCCUAAUGGACAACCUUUCUGGCUCCAUCUGCCACUACUACGCUCUGCCCCCUCUCCCCAGCAAGUACUGCAAUGAGAAACAGAUCCCCCUAGCUGAGAUGGAAGCUCUGUCUCUGGCAUCGGAGAAAUCCUGGUCCUUAGCUCUGACGGAUGACUCUGUCCCUGAUGAUUUUAAUCCCCUCUUACUAACCAGUCUGGAUUGCAAUAAUACAGAUCCUCCUGAACCAACAACUGAGUCUGUGCAGCCACAAGAACAUCUGGAAGAGCACCUGCUGUGUGUGAAGAAGACUUCAGUGGGGCGUGCACACUCCUUACCCAACGACAGCUACAUGUUCCUGCCCCACCAGCCCAUCCCAUCCUCAACAACCCUCAUGACCUCAUCUCAGCAGACUCAGUCAGGCUCCAUUAGCUCUGUACAGUCUCAGACAGAGGAGACCACACAGCAGCUCACUGUACCUACAGAGCUCUUCCGGCCCAUCAGUCCCCACAGCCUGUCUGACUCAGAGUGUAUCCCCAGAAUUCCUCCCCCUCGACAUGGACACACACUCUCCCGUACCCUGCGCAGACAGAUCAGCAUGGUACAGCACACACCGGACCCCAGCCUGCUCCUGAGACACAGAUACUCCUGCUGCUGAGAGAGCUGGAGUGGUAGCCUCCAGCAUCUUUCACAUUUGUUCCCACACCCCUCGAUCCUGACUCCUUUCAUAAAGCCUUUUCUCCUUUUCAAAAUCUUACCAUAAUCUCCAUGCUCCACUGCAUUUCACCAGUGCUACUGUAAGGGACAAACAUUAGAAGAAGGGUUAAGAUCAGGUACAGUGUUUAUUGUCCUGAGCAGAGGACAGAGAGAUGUCACCAACAUUUCUCUGCCCAACAAGAAAGAGAUGUCCAAUGGUCUAGUGUCCAAUUUUUUUAAUCAUUUCACACUUUCAGAGUCUCCAGUUCAUUCCUGAGUUUUGGUUACUGUCUUUCUAGAGUUUCACAUGUUCUCCUAAAGAUCCUCCAGAUUUCUUCCACGUCCCAGAAACAGAAAUAGCGGCUGUAGGUUGAUCGUCUGUGGUAAAUUGCCCAGAGAUGAACGUGUGUGGGAAUGGGGGUGUGCAUGGUUCUCUAUGAUGGACUGGCACCCCAUCCAGAGUGUUUACCAGCCACAUACUAUGUUACAGGAAUAGAAUAUCCUCUAGGCAGGAUAAAGCUCUUCUUGAAGAUUUGCAUGAGUUUGAUUUGCAUUUGCAUGAGUAAGCUUUAGUAAGUUCAUGUUUUAUUAUAUAUUGCUGCAGUUGAAAUUUUAAAUUUUACUAAUUUUAAUUGUAGAGUCAUUUAACAUCAUUAAACAUUUUUAUUCAUUUGCCAUUUCAGUCAGGAAGUGUACUUAAGUACUGUAAGUGUAUUUAGCCUUCACCAAGUGCCUACAGAAAUGAAUAUGUUAAUUCAUUGUUCAGUAAUAUCUAGUGACCACUAGGUGGCAGUGAUGUCUAUAUUAUGCACACCUGCUCCGGUAAACAGGAAGGUGGUAGCACACACACACACACACACACACACACACACACACACACACACACACACACACACACACACACACACACACACACACACACACACACACACACACACCAUUUAGUUCGGUUCUGCCCUUCAGCUGUCGAAAUUCAUACAUAAAUCUGCUUGAUCUUUAGCCCUUCUUUGAAGUACACUACCACCACAUUUCUCCUACUGGACAUAUGAGCAGAAGGUAACUUUAUAGUCGACUGAUUCAAAGUGUUACCUCUGGCAUGUAUCCCUACCUGGAGAAAGGAGGUUGUUUGUGGUCUCUUACAGUAUAGUUCAGUGGCUCAGAGUGCAGUCUGCUAAACAGGAUAAAUAGGAUCAUGGUAAAAGGUCCUCGGCCCUAGUUCAGAAGUGCUAUUCAUAUCAUUACAUUUUUUUGCCUUUAAUGAUGGCUAAAGCCUAUGUACUUCAAUUUACUUAAAUUAAAGGAACAAAUCACCAGACAUGUAAUGAAUUGAGAGAAAAUGGUGAGAUAAGAGGAAAGGGUAGAUACUGAUGUUGCAACCUCUGCCUUGCCCUGAACAACAUUUUGGUGUAGUGCACAUACCAGUUCAUGGCAUUAUUUACAAGGCAUUAUUUCUGUGAACAGAAAGGAGAAUCAAAACCACCAACAACAAUUAUUAUUAUUAUUAUUAUUAUUAUUAUUAUUAUUAUUAUUAUUAUUAUUAUUAUUAUUAUUAACUUCUGUACUUGGCAGAGCACAGCAUGC